CAUGACCAGUUCACAGCUUCUCCGACAGGGGACUCGUCUCCUAAAACCACUUCGCAUUGGAGUUGAUUUGCUUAUUUGAAAAAAGAAAGCUUGUAACUUCAGUCGAUCAAGACAAUAUAUCCAUGAGCUUAGCGUAAUCAGCCGAGUAUUCUGAAAUAAUGAACAGUGAAAAUGCUUCAAUUAGUGAGAGGAUUGUCUCUCCAUCAUAUAUUCGCCAGGGAUGUCAAGCAAGACGUACCCAUGAACAACUGAUAAGACUUUUAUUAGAAAAGGGAAAAUGCCCAGAAGAUAGCUGGGAUGAAAGUACUAUUGAAUUAUUCCUUCAUGAGCUUGCAGUUAUGGACAGCAACAACUUUUUGGGAAACUGUGGAGUUGGUGAGAGGGAAGGGAGAGUAUUUUCUAGUCUAGUUGCAAGAAGACAUUAUAGACUCAUUCAUGGCAUUGGAAGAUCAGGAGAUAUUGCUGCAAUCCAACCUAAGGCUGCUGGUUCCAGUUUACUCAACAAAAUAACCAAUUCAGUAGUGUUGGAUGUUUUAAAGAUUGCAGGGGUGAAAACAGUUUCUAGUUGUUUUGUAGUUCCUAUGGCAACUGGCAUGAGCUUAACACUAUGCUUUCUCACAUUGAGGCAGAAGAGGCCAACAGGAAAAUACAUUAUAUGGCCUAGGAUUGAUCAGAAGUCCUGCUUCAAAUCAAUGAUAACAGCAGGAUUUGAGCCAGUAGUGAUCGAGAACUUACUAGAAGGAGAUGAAUUACGUACUGACCUACAGAGUAUAGAAAGCAAAAUUAAAGAACUUGGGCCUGAAAACAUUCUCUGUGUUCAUUCUACCACCUCUUGUUUUGCUCCAAGAGUUCCAGACAGACUGGAAGAAUUGGCCAUGAUGUGUGACAAAUAUGGUAUUCCCCACAUAGUCAACAAUGCCUAUGGAGUUCAGUCUUCAAAGUGCAUGCACCUUAUCCAGCAGGGUGCACGUGUUGGAAGAAUAGAUGCUUUUGUUCAAAGCCUGGAUAAAAACUUUAUGGUCCCAGUUGGAGGUGCCAUUAUUGCGGGUUUUAAUGAGUCUUUCAUACAGGAAAUCAGCCGGAUGUAUCCAGGCAGAGCAUCAGCUUCUCCAUCCCUGGAUGUGCUUAUUACUUUACUGUCUAUGGGUUCAAAAGGUUACAGGAAGCUUCUACAGGAACGAAAGGAUACAUAUACCUAUCUAGCAGAAGAAUUGAAAACAUUGGCUGAAGCUCAUGGGGAACGACUGUUGAAAACAACUCACAAUCCAAUAUCUUUGGCCAUGUCGCUCCAAGGUAUAGACCAACAAAAUGACAAGGCAGUUACUCUUCUAGGAUCAAUGCUGUUUACUAGACAAGUGUCAGGUGCCAGGGUGGUUCCACUUGGGAAUGAACAAACAGUAAGUGGUCACGUAUUCAAAGGCUUCAUGUCCCAUGCCACUGAAUAUCCUUGUCCUUACCUAAAUGCUGCUGCUGCCAUUGGAAUCACAAAACAAGAUGUCGAUCUUUGUAUUAAAAGGCUGGACAAGUGUCUUAAGAAUAUCAAGAAAGGUCAGACUGACCAAAGUGAAAACCUAGAAACUGAAUCAGAAAAUCCUGCUGUCAUUUCUGAGGACACAUUAAAUGAGAUGGCUGAAUCUUUUAAUGAGGAAAUGAGCACUGGACUAAAAGGGUUGUAAGUGUAUUGAGUUUUCCAUAUUUAAAUUAGUUUGGAGGUGAUGAAAGGAAACCAAAGUGUAAUAAAAUACCUGAAGAGAAUAUCAAGUGGAUUGCUGAUGUACAUUAUAUUCAUACUCUAGACUGUGAUUAGACUCUCUCUAUAGAUUACCUAAUAAAGAUUAUUAAAUCAUUUUCUAAAUGCAUAAAUACUAAGUGCCUAUGCAAAAUAUAUUAUGAAGUAACCACAGAAAACUGAUUGGACUAUUUAAGCUGAAUGUUGGUUUGAGUUAUUUCACACACUAAUUGUAUAUUCAGAUCAUUAAUUCCUGCUUUACUUCCUCUUUCCUCUUUUUUGUGCUAACAUUUAUGGGUCUCUGAAGGAAAUGGUUUAUUUAAAUAAGAAGUGACAUUUGUACUGUGCAAUUUACACAGUAUGUCUGUGAUUAACUGACAAAUUAGUAAAACAGUAAUUUAAUUCCCUUUA